AUGUCCUCUCGCGUCCUCAACUUUGGUGCAGGUCCUGCCAAAAUUCCUCAAGAAGUUUUAUUAAAAGCUCAAAAAGAAUUUCUCAGUGUGAAUGGCACUGGCAUGUCUGUUAUGGAGCUCUCUCACCGUUCAAAGCCCUUCGGGGCCAUCCUUGAAAAGACAAAGAAAGAUUUGACUGAACUCAUGAACAUUCCCGAAAAUUAUUCUAUCCUAUUUAUGCAAGGCGGUGCUACCACCGAAUUUGCUUCUGUCUUUUAUAACCUAGUUGGUCGGAAGCAACAAGAAUUAAAAGAAGCCGGUAGAGAAGGUGAAGAAAUUGUUGUCGAUUAUCUUGUCACUGGUGCUUGGUCUAGCAAAGCAGCACAAGAAGCUGAACGUUUGAUUCCUACUGUCGUUGGUAAUCCUGUGCGUGUCAACCGUGCUUUGGAUGUCAAGAAGAUUAAUGGUGGCAAGUUUGGUACUAUCCCUCCUCAAACUGAAUGGAACUUGACCGAUCCUACAAAACACAAUGUGGCCUAUGUCUAUUACUGUGAUAAUGAAACUGUUCAUGGUGUUGAAUUCCAAUUCACUCCCCAAGUGGAUCCUAGCGUUCCUCUUGUCACGGAUGUCUCUAGUAACUUCUUGUCUCGCCCUAUUGAUGUCUCUAAAUUUGGUCUUGUUUAUGGUGGUGCUCAAAAGAAUUUAGGUCCUGCUGGUGUCACAAUUAUUGUGGUACGCAACGACUUGUUAGUUGACUUGAAUGUUGGCCCUAUUCGUCCUCUCAUGUUGGAUUUCAAGACAGCUGCAGACAACGACUCGAUGUAUAAUACACCGCCUACCUUUGCUAUUUACAUGGUGGGCCUUACUUUGGAAUGGUUGAAAGAAAAGGGCGGAUUAAUCAAAAUUGAACAAGUUAACCAACGCAAAGCACACAAGUUAUAUACCUGCAUUGAUCAAUCUAACCUUUACAGCUGUCCAGUCGAACCUCAUUGUAGAAGUGAAAUGAACGUUGUGUUUAGAUUAACCUCAGAAGAAUUAGAAAAAGAAUUCUUAAAGGGUGCUGAAGAAAAAGGCAUGCAACAACUUAAAGGCCAUCGUUCAGUGGGUGGUAUUCGUGCUUCUAUUUACAAUGCUUUACCUGAAGAAGAGGUCGAUAUUCUUAUUGAAUACAUGCAAGAAUUCGAAAAGCAACAUGCAUAA